AUGAUUGAUGCAUCCAAGGAAAAUCCUCACUUAGCUCAAAAACUACAUGAUGUUCUACUUGAAAGUGGUGUCAUUGCUCCUCCAAAUUUAUUUUCUGAAAUUUAUAACGAGUUAGGCUCCCCAACUGAAGAAAAAGAUGAACACAAACCAGAAAGUGGACAGGUUCCCGACAUGUUUACUUACAAUACUCUAAUUGAUGGCUUGGGAAAAUCAGGGAGAAUCUCUUGUGCUUCAAAGCUUCUUGUUGAGAUGCAUAAUAAAGGUCAACCUGCUGAUAUAAUCACUUACAAUUCCUUGUUGGAUGCGAUGUUCAAUAUCAAACAACAUGACAAGGCACUUAUGUUAUUUAUUCAGAUGAAAGAGAGUGGCAUUGAUCCAAAUAUAUGCACGUACAGUAUACUUAUUGAUGGCCUAUGUAAAAGUGGAAGACUUAUGGAUGCAAAAGAGAUUUUUCAAGAUCUUUGCAUUAAAAACCAUCGUCCAAAUGUGAGGACAUACACUAUUAUGAUCAAUGGGCUCUGCAAAGAGGGCUUAUUUGAAGAAGCAUUGUCCCUGCUGUUGGAAAUGGAAGACAAUGAUUGCUUAUCAAAUGCUGUGACUAUUGAAACAGUUAUUCAUACUUUGUUUGAAAAGAUCAGAAUGACAUAG